CAACCUUUUACCCCCCGAAAGCUCUCUCUCUCUCUCUCUCUCUCUCUCUCUCUCAUUAUAACAGGAUCCCAAGCGUUUGGUCGAUAACAGUGUUUUCGGGUUAAGACAGUCUGAUGUUCUGUUUCGUUUUCUAGGGUUUGGAAGUUAGAGAAUUUCUUUUCUGGGGGGAAGGAAGAAGAAGAAUGGCUUGUAUUGUUGGAUUGAACCAUCUUGCAGAAGCACUCAUCGAUGCUGGAAACAGACUUCUCAGCCCUCCUUCUUCAACCGACGAGCUUCUUACUCUUCUCGAUGAAACUGAGUGUCUGCUUAGAAAGGUGGAGCAAGAUCAACCCUUGUCAAUGCAGAAUGCUCUAAUCCCCUCCAAGAAUGCUUUGGUUUCAAGUGACCUCUUAAGCCACACUGAUUCUCAUGUUAGGGUUUCUCUUGUCUCCUGCUUAACCGAAAUCGUCAGGAUUACCGCCCCUGAAGCCCCUUACACUGAUGAUCAAAUGAAGGAAAUCUUCAGGUUGACGAUAGAAGCUUUUGAGAAACUAGCUGAUGCAUCCUCUCGCAGCUAUCAGAAAGCCGAGUCUGUUCUUGAUAAUGUAUCAAAGGUCAAAUCAUGCUUGGUCUUGUUGGACUUGGAGUGCCAUGACCUCAUUCUUCAAAUGUUUCACAUCUUCUUGAAAAUCAUUAGAUCUGAUCAUCCACGGGUGGUGUUUUCGUCAAUGGAAAUGAUAAUGAUCACACUAUUAGAUGAAACCGAAGAAGUGUCCACGGAUAUGCUCACUACUCUAUUAGCUAGUGUCAAAAAGGAUAAUCAGAAUGUUUCACCAAUGGCUUGGAGUCUUGUGGAGAAGGUUCUUAGUAGAUGUGCCCGUAAACUUAAACCCUACAUCAUGGAAGCUUUGAAGUCUACAGGGGCCAGCUUGGAUACGUAUUCACCAGUAGUUACGACCAUAUGCCAGACUGUUUUCGAAACUCCUAAGGUCCACAAUGUUGUUGACACCAAAGAAAAUGAGGACAAACUGGUUUUGGGGCAUUCUCGCAAGGAGACUCGUUCUAAAAGUGGUUUGAAGAAACCUGCGAGAGAUGGAACGCCACGAAUCAGUGAGAAUGAAAAAUCAAGAAAUGGAAAGCAAGUGGUGUGGUCUGAGAGUAGAGAUGCAGAAACAGAGUUAGGAGUUACAGGGAAGAGAGGAAGGAAACCCAAUUCAUUGAUGAAUCCUGAGGAAGGUUAUGACAUUCCUUGGCUUUCAGGGAAAAGAGAUUAUUUCAAGACAUGUUCAUCAAACAAAAAGCUUCAGAGAAAAGGAUCAGGAGGAGGAGAAUCAUCACUUGAAAAGCUGGCUGCAAAGAGAACACCUCCGGCUAAAGAAUCUUCCCCAGCCACGACUAGUAGGGCUCUGACGGGUUCGGUUAAACGAAGCAGGGUUAAGAUGGAGGACAUUGAUCAUGAUUUAGAUUCUCCUUCUUCACCGAAACUGAAGAAGUUGGCAUCAUGCUUCCGGGAUGAAGAGCCUGUUGAGAAAGAACCAAACCAGGAGAGCUAUGAAAUACCAGAAGAUGACAGAAAGAUAGGAGAAUCAAGCAAGAGGACAAAGUCCCAGAAUGGCGGGAAAAAGAAGGCAAUUGUGAACUCCAGCGGAAAACGAUCAUCAGCUCGCACAGCUGCUAAGAAAAAGAAUUUGGAAGGUGCAUCUUGGGAUACUCCUCCUGUUCCACAAUCAUCAAAGGACAAGAAGAAGGUUUCUCAAGUUGCUUCUAAACCAUUGGCAGAAGAAUCUGAAGAAACUUCAAAGAGCCAACCAAAGAGGAGAAAAGAAGUGGAGUCUGAUAAGAAUGGCUUUGGUGAGGAUUUGGUGGGUAAGAGAGUUAAAGUCUGGUGGCCGCUCGACAAGACUUUUUAUGAAGGCGUCAUAGAUUCUUAUUGUAGUCGCAAGAAGACGCAUGGGGUAGCAUAUACUAAUGGAGACUCAGAAGAGCUUUAUCUCGUUAAAGAACGCUGGGAGUUACUUGAGGAUCUCCCUUCUGCCAGUGAGAAGAAGAAAUCUCAAGUUGCAGCUAGACCGUUGGCAGAAGAAUCUGAAGAAAAUUCAAAGAGCCAUCAAGUGAUUAGUCGGACAACAAAAAAAGAAGUGGGCUCUGGCGAGGAUUUGGUCGGGAAGAGAGUUAAUAUCUGGUGGCCGCUCGACAAGACUUUUUAUGAAGGCGUUGUGGAGUCUUAUUCUAGUCAUAAGAAUAAGCAUACGGUAGUAUAUACUGAUGGAGAAUCAGAACAGCUUAAUCUCGUUAAAGAACGCUGGGAGCUACUUGAGGAUCCCUCUUCUGCUAGUGAGCAGGAUAUGGAGAUUGAUCUGCCAGAGUCCGUUCCUUUAUUUGACAUAAUGCAGAAAGUCAAGAAAAGCAAAAACGUGGAAUCAUCAUCAAAGAAGGAUUCUGGCAAAAAGGCAAGGGAAGGGAAGAAUCUCAAAUCGUUGAAAGAGUUGAGUGCUGCUGAAACUGGCAGAAGAGAAGAGGAGGAAGUGAGUCGGGAUGUGGAUGAGGAAAGCGAAGAUGAGUAUUAUAAUAGUGAGAUGCAAGAAAGUGAAGAGAACCUGAAAGUGACCGAGACAGAAGCUAAGGAAGACGAGAAACAGUUUCAAAAUCCAGAGGUUGAGAGUGACAGAGAUGGCUCAGAGUCGGAAGAAGAGCCAAAGUGGAGAGAAACGGAUGAUCUGGAGGACGAAGCAGAAGAGGGAGAAGAGGCUGAUAAUAAAGUGCCGAAAAGCACAAGCCAGUCUGAGAUUGAGAAAGACUCUGAUGAAGAGAGAGGGUCUUGAACUGGAGUUUAUACUUGGUUGCAUAAUGCAACUUGCAUUGCAUCCGUGAACAAAAACCAUUUGCUUUACACUCUCUACUUCCUUUAUUUAUCCUUGUUACUUAGAUUGUUAUACUGAACCAGUUUGAGAGGUAUUAACGUCACUUGGUUUGUGUUGUGUCUCUGAGAGUUUGUGACAUUGUAUUUUAGGAAAAGCAUAAUCGUUGUUUUUACUA